AUGGAAGAAGCUCAAGUCCUGCCGCCGCCACCGAUCGAGCCCAUCUCUCGACCAAGCUCGACGUCGACUUCUGCAUCUGCCAAUGUGCAGCAGCUGCCCGGCAUUGCCUCCCUUGCAGCAAGCAACGCGACAGCUGAAGCUCCACAACAAAGGCCUCCUCCAAUUCCUCAGAACCAGAUGUAUCAUGGCGUUUCUCCCGCUGCUACUAGCGGCGGUACAAACGGCAACAUGCCCGUCUGCCAAAACUGCGGAACGUCGACAACGCCGUUAUGGCGUCGCGACGAGUUUGGAUCUGUCCUGUGCAAUGCCUGUGGACUUUUCCUGAAGCUGCAUGGAAGGCCGCGGCCGAUAUCUCUCAAGACGGACGUUAUCAAGAGCCGAAAUCGCGUAAAGACGAUGCGCCCGGAUCUUGCCCCUAAACGAAAGCAGCAACACGGAUUCCCCCUCGCGACGGACCCCAACAGCGCCGAGAGCACUGCUGCGCAGGCCAUUCGCCGAGCGCAAAAGGCGAAUGGCGAGGGCCCAGAUUCGCCAAUCUCCCGAACCGGAACUCCCUCCAUGUACAACCAUUCACUUCCCGCUUUCAUGGUGGAUGACCCAUCCCAGUCAGGCGUUGCCGGCUUCAACGGUGGAGAGGGGCGCGCUGGCUCACCCAUGAACGGAGAUCGCGGACUUGAGUCUCCUCAAACGCAAGAGCAACUCAUUGCAAACAAUUCUAGCUUGAAGACAAGAGUUAGAGAGCUCGAGUUCAUAAACGAGCUGUUCCGCGGUCGUCUGAGCCAGCUUGAGCAGCAGGAGGCGGCUGCCUCUGCAGCGCUCAGGGGUCAGGAAGUUGCCGGCGUCGAGCACACGCAACUGCGAGCCCAGUUGGAUGCCAGCAAAGAGAUGGAGAACCAACUCCGCGUCCAGCUAGAAGACAGCCACCGGAGAGAGAACAAUCUCAAGCGCCGCCUCGACGAACUGGAGCUUGAGCUGAGAGCUGUCAAGGAAGCCCUGACUGAAGCAGACUCGCGGCCCUUCAAGAAGCCCCGUAUCAUAGACUCAGAAGAGGCCGUCAAGGCAGAAGCGGCCGAUGCUCUGGCUGCAGUCGCCGUCGCCGUCGCCCCUGAG